AUGAAGUUAGUAUUGGCAACCCGGAAUCAAGGUAAAGUGCGAGAAAUCGGCGAAAUGCUUAAAGCCCAAAACGGGAUUGAACUUUUGUCGCUCCACAGUUACCCGGACGCACCAGAUGUCGUUGAGGAUGGCAGAACCUAUGAGGAGAACGCUAUCAAAAAAGCCUCCAUGCUUGUCGAAUACACCGGACAUAUAACCAUCGCGGACGACUCCGGUUUAGAGGUGGACGCACUUGAUGGAGCACCCGGUGUCCAUUCCGCACGCUAUGCCGGCGAGAAUGCUUCAGACCAAGAUCGUAUUGUCAAACUACUUGACACGCUUCAGAAUGUUCCUAAUGAACGGCGAUCAGGACGUUUUAUCUGUGCUGUGGCUAUUGCUGAACCGCUAGCUCAAGUACAGGUUGUCCGAGCUGCCUGUGAGGGCCGAAUUAUUCGCGCACCGCGUGGGGUGAGCGGUUUUGGAUAUGAUCCAGUUUUCGUCCCCGUGGGUUAUGACAAAACCUUUGCAGAAUUGGGCGACGAGAUUAAGAAUCAGAUUAGCCACCGUGCGAAGGCGUUGGGCGAAGCGAGAGAGUUAUUAAGUGAAAUAAUUUGUGAGAAGCGUUGCUAA